AUGGAUCGGAUAGAGCCCGUCGGUGGCUCUCAUCCCUCGCUUCCAACCCAGUUCGAUCAACAGCGACUGCAACCACCGUCCUCCUCCAAUGUCUCCUCGUCCCCACAACCGUCCGGUCGUCCCCCCAGACCGCGCGCCGCCUCCGUCUUUUCCCAACGGGCCCCGACCAUUCGACUGCAGCGUCUGCCGUCCCUAGACCAGACCGCCUCGUCUAGCCAGCCAGUGGGAUCCGCCAGAUUCAAUCCAUCGGCCUCCGGUUCGUUGGUGCCUCCCGGCCCCUUGAGCCCCCUCGACGAUGAUGACGGGCAAGGCAAUCGUCGCCGGAGCAGCUCUGAACCCCGGCGAGGGCGCUGGUCCGCUCCCAACCCGCAGACCCUCCCGAGAUUGACCCCCUGUGCGGGGGAUCAUAUGCAACCCCUGAUGGAGGAGUCAUCCCAUCAGAGCCCCAUCGCCCAAUCCUCCUCCAACCUACCCUUCGCUCCGGCUCCCCUGGAGAGGCCCGCCCCCGUUCCCCUCCAACAACGAUCCCCCGGCCGGAGCCUACUGCGGAGGACGAGCGAGGCCACCAUCAACCGCUUCGCCAGAAACCGCGCCAACACCGUCAGCGGGCCCGUACCUCCGCCGCCCACGGACUGUGACGUGUACAAACCGCACGUCGUCGAUGUGCUGGAUGUGAUCGACCCUGAGGUGUCCGCCCUCUCCACCCUGACCAACGUCCAGAAUUCCCUCUUCGUCCCCAACUUGGGUCCCUUUGUCAACCGCAACCAGACCUACACCCUCUCGCCGUCCCGGCCGGCGGAGUCCGGAGAAGAGACGACCUCCACGGAUGAGGGCGAAGAUGGGCCCAAAAAGGCCGAGGAGCAUCCGCCGCUCGCCCGACCACUCUCCAGCGUCUCGGCGGCCUUGGACGAGGGGGAACCGCGAUUCGCCAUCCUACCGGAUGGGACCAGUCUGGAAGGCUGGACCCGCACCGAUGUCGAGGAGUUGAAUGACCACGUCCGGCACAUGUUGCAUUCGCGUCGGAGCAAGUUCAAACGUUCCAUGAAGGGCUUCGGGAAAUAUGUAUCCAAGCCACUGGGCUUUUUGGUCACUUUAUAUGCCACCUUAAUCACGCUUUUUGGACUCGCGUGGGUGCUGUUCCUCAUUGGCUGGAUCAAUGUGGGAGGACGCCAACUCGAAAUCAUCAACUACAUUGACUACGUCCUGGUGGCGCUGUUCGCCAUCAUGGGCGACGGGCUGGCCCCGUUCCGCGCCGUCGACACCUACCACAUGAUCUUCGUCGCGCACUACACCUUCCUCACCUGGAAGGUCCGACGCAAGCGACGGCUCCCGGCCCUCAAGGACAAGAACGAUCUACCCGCCCGGCGCGAGUACGAGAUCGACGUCGAGUGGGGCGACACGCCCAAGGACGAGCGAUGGGAGUUCACGGUCUUGAGCCGUCUCCAGCAGCAACGGCUCACGCACCAUCAGAACAAACUCUCCAAGUCGCAUACCUUCUACAAACCCCACGAGACCUUCACGCAUCACGCCUUCCCGCAGCGCCUGCUCAUCGCCAUCGUUGUCCUGCUCGACUGCCACUCCCUCUUCCAGAUCUCCCUCGGCGCCUGCACCUGGGGCAUCGACUACCACGACCGGCCCUUUGCCCUCACCACCGUCAUCCUCUGCUGCUCCAUCGCCUGCAACAUCACCGGCGGUGUCCUGAUCAUGAUCGGCGAUCGCCGCACCCGCAAGAAGGAGGUCGUUGAGCGCCUGUUCGUCCAGCAGUUGACCGAGGAGGCGAUAAAGAAGAUCGAGAAGAAGAAGCACAAGAAGGAGAAGCAGGCGUCCCAGGCGCGAGCCUCCUCCGAGGCGGGGGAGAAAUCCGACGUCGAGCAGACAUCCGACGUCGAGCAGACAUCCGACGUCGAGCAGAAAUCCGUCGUCGAUCAGAACUCGGAUCUGCCCAUCAAGCCGGAUCUCAAGUCCGCUCGCUCUUCAUCGGAUCCAUCCUUGCCUCACACCCGGGCUCUAUAA